AUGAGCACCGAGACCAUGUUGACGCCGUACCACGCAAGUCUCGUGGAGCAUGCCUUCCGUACGAUGGACUUCAAGGGCGACGGGUUGGUGCAGCUUGACGACAUCUGCCGCGUCUUUGACGCCUCAAAGCACCCGCGCGUGCGAGAAGGCUCCAUGGCGCCCUCCGCCGCCCGAGACAUGUUGGUGCACCAGUUCGGCAAGAGCGCCAGGGAGAACGGCGGCGUCAUCCUCGACGUCUUCAUGCGCUUCCACGAGCGCAUGGCUCUGGAGGCGGAGAACGAGCAGGUCGGCGACGUGGAGGAGUUCCUGACGGCCACAAUCGAGGGCGUGUGGCGCAUGGGUGAUUUGCUGCAACCGACGCUUAUCCGCCCCGUCACCGCGACGGCAGGGAUGCCGACGGGCAUCUACGCCACGCAGGCCAUGUCNCUCGUCUGGCCGGAGCAGGGCGAGGCCGCCGGUGCGUACUCGCUGCGUGUUGUACGGGACGUCGUGCAGCCGAUCUUUUCGCGCGGCGACCUGCCGCCGCAGCUGCGCGGCUUCUUCGCGUACCCGGCGGAGCUGGCCGGCAUGCGGGUGGUGGAGGUGCCAGCGCAGAUCUCGAUGAAGCGCUGGCUCGACUUUGCGUGGGCCUAUGAGGAGGGACGGUACGCGGUGGUGCCGGGCAUCGUGUCCGCGCGCGUUGACCCCGACACGCUGCCGGCGUUCUUGCGCGAGCUCAUUGUCGAGCACGAUGCGGCGACGAAGCUACCGGCGGUGCGAUUCCUCCCCACGGCUCGCGCCUUCAACCCGAUGUAUAAACGCUCGAGUGACGAGUACGGCUACGGCGUGCCGGAGGAGGUGAAGCGGGUGCAUCAGUGGAAGGGCAGGACGUACGACGGGACGGCGUACGGGCUCCUGUAUUACGGCCGCUUUGGUAAUUUCACCAAGACGCACUGCGGCCAUGGGGAGUCGUCGGCGGCUAGCGGCAUCAACCUGUGA